AUGACCCAGAAUUUAUGGCAUUAAGCUCGAGGACUCAGGCUUCGUGGUCGUGGGCUCGAUCCCAUUAGCUUUCUGCUUGGCAAUGAAAUAAUUUUACAACCGCAAUGAAACGCGCCCUUGUCUUGUAGGAGCAGCGGGAUUCGCUUUGUUCGCGGCAUUUAUUUCACAGUUGGUUGAGCUCGCCGUCCGCCGUUGUCAGCCCUGCGUGCUGGUUCUUCUCCGGCGAGUGUUGAAGAAGGAGUGUUAUUAUUUUUAUUCCUCAGUGGCUUGGAGGAGUUGCCUGAAUCAGUUGGCUUCUUAAGGCAUCUUCGUUGAAGUGUCUGGAACGAAAAUUAAAAGGCGUCUUAGGCUGUUGCAGAGUUGUUGCUGUUUGUGCUUGCCUGGCCCAUGGAUCCAUUUGAUGAUGUUUUGCCAGAAGCUCCUGUUUCACGUGGUAGGGUGGGUGGCAAGUUUGUUCCAAAGGCCAAAGCUAAACAGCUGGCUCGAAAGGAAAUAUCUACAUCAAAUCAAGCAAACUCAUCUAAUGAUGGAAAGAAUGAGCAAGUUGCAUCAUCAUCCAUGAGCUCGGACACAGUAGGAAAUGUUCCAACAAAAAGUAAUAAUCCAGUUGAUUUAACUCCAGAUAAAUCAGCUAAGGAAUUUCUGAAAUCCAGUCUUGGUUCACCGAUAGAAACCCCUUUUUUGGAUAAUAAUAAUAAUCCUGACCCAGAGUUUCAACAAAUUGAUGUAAGUGGGCGCGAGGCAGAACCGGUUGAAGCUCAGCCUUCAACCAUUGCAGCAUCUGAGGUCAAUAGUGAUUGGACUACCAAUUUUCCAAAAGCAGCUAAUGAGGCGGACCUUGUCAGUUUUGAUGUGGGUCUAGUAGUUGCCGCUGUUCCUGGGUCUGACCUUCAUGAUGCCCAACCAGAUCUGUUGACAAAUGUGAUCGAUCCAUCUACAGCUAACUCAACCAUUAUUGAGAAUGAACCUUCUAAAUACUGGGAAGGCGAAGGUCCAUUUCUUGAUGGCAGCAAAAGCUUGGAACCUACUGAUUCCUCAUUGCAAGCUGGUCCUAACGUGGAAUCCCGAGGUGCUUCAGAUUGUAAGGUUGCAAUGUUGGAGCCAAGUCAUUCAAAUUCUAACCUUGAGAGAACAGGAGAGGUAGAGUCUUCUGAAUUUGAAUUGGAUCCUUUCAGAGACACUCUCCCUGAUCCUGGUCUUAGGAAUGCUCGCAAGUUUCAACCUAAGAUUAAGCCUCGGCCUAGAGCAGGGACUACAGCAGUUGUUGCCUCUGCUUCAUCUAAUGACAUCCUUAGGACAAUCAAUACAUUAAGCGAUGCUGAUAAUUCUUGCUCGAGUGUGCCAUUGUCUGAGGACAAAAGAAGCUUGGGAACAGUAAUUCCUUCACAAUCAGAGCCUCCUCCUGCCUUGCUUUCAGAGGUUUCUGUUCACCAUGGGCCUAAAGAUUGGCCUUCUAACAGUGGAAAACCAGCGGGGGAGGCUACAGACAUAUUUUCUGUGUUGGAGAGCCUCGAUGACUUUCUCACACAUGAUGGCUCUAGUGCAGGAAAUCCAGCUCUUCAUUCUUUCCAUGAGGAGGGAACAGAGGAUUUUGUGAACCAGCCAUGUCAUAUUUCCCAAGCUCAAAAGUGUCCGGACUAUAAGGCCACUCACGAUUCAUUGGCCUUCAAGGAAGCUGCAAGCCUCAGUGAGGGUGAUUCUCACACUAACAAUGGAGGGCUGGGAGCAGAGGAUGCAGGAGGGUCAAAUCCUACCCACCCUCUUGAUGAUACCCUUGAUUAUUCAUCCAUGAAUUCUGGCUCAGAUCCAACUUUUGAAAUUCCAGUGCGUGAAGAACCACCUGAAGAACCAACAAAUACAGCAAAUAAUCCUACCUAUGAUGACCUUUUGCAUGUGGACGAUGUUCCUGGAGAAAAAGUUGAUGGAGGUUAUAAAGCAGAAGAUGCCACAAUGUCAAGUUCUGCGAAAAAUAUUAUGAAAUCUUCUGUAGUAGGUGAGAAGGGUAAAGUUGAUAAACCUCGAAGGCAGGUGAGAAAGCGAGUUAAUCUUAAAACUGUUGAUCCAGUGGAGAAUGAGGAUCCUGAGGAGGAGGAUGAGCUUGACCCUACUUAUUCUAACAUUGGUGAACUUGAAGAACAACAUGAUGAAUAUGAAUUGAAUAAUGGAUGCGUGAAGAAAAAGAAGAAAUCUGUGACCAAAAAUGCAAAACCACAUCAAAAGCGUAAAAGGGCCAAUGAGGAUUUAGAUAAAGCUACUAAAGAACCUCGUAAAAAAUUCUCUCAUUCAACCCAACGAAGAAAAAGAUGUGUGGAUAAGACUCUGCUGGAAAUUCCUGAGGAUGAACUGGAUCCUCAAACAUUACGUAUCAAGGAUAUUAUACUACUUGCAGAGUAUAGGGAGCGACAAGCGAAAAAGGAGGCAAUGGCAUCAAAAACAUCUUCGAUUAAUGGAAGAGAUGGAGACUCCCUUCAUAAUGCUGCUGCUCGUGAUGAAGACAUGGGUUCAGAAUAUGGAAGAGGCUCAGAUGAUGAUCAAGCCACUGAAAGCGUACCAUUAGCUCCCACGUUAUUCAAUUACCAGUCUUUCAUGGACAAGAAACCUAGAGGAAAAUGGUCAAAACAAGACACUGAGCUGUUCUAUGAGGCCAUUCGCCAGUUUGGCACAGAUUUUUCUAUGAUACAACAGCUUUUCCCAGAUCGAACACGUCAUCAAAUUAAGUUGAAGUACAAACAGGAAGAACGACAACAUCCUUUACUACUAUCUGAUGCUGUAAAUAAUCGCACAAAAGAUCUUUCUCAUUAUAAAUCAGUUUUUGAGCGGCUGCAACGAGCUUCUGCUAAGACAGAACAAGACACUACGGACGCCUCAGUUGGCAUGACAGAAGAAGUGGUGGACUUGACAUCUGAUCCUAAUCCUAAUCCUAAUGAAGCAAAAGAUGCGAAGCCGGAGCAGGAUGGCUCUGUGCAAGAUCAUCAGGAAGAUAACGUGUCAUAUCAUAGUGCUGAGAAAUCUGAUGAAAUGAUGAUGAUGAAGAAUUCCAAAGAAUGUGUCAAUAUAAAAGCGAAUAUUAGUGUUAUGAGAUCUUUUUUAAAUUAAAUUAGAAGGGUCUCAAUUUACUAAGUGGCCCAGAAUCAAAAUCUUAGAUAUUACUCACUCACACCUAACCUCAUCAUUAUCACAAAAGUUAGUUCCAGAUGCCAAUGGCCUUUUGGUCCACUGGCAUGACAAUCACCCUUAAGCCCGUCCCUUUUACGCCUGAGCCCAUCAAUAGCCAGGUCAACCCAUUUUGCCACCUCUACAUGACAAUCACUCUUAGUGGUGACAGAUUGCAGGUUCCAUAGGGAAGAUUUGAACUUUAGGCUUCUACUUAAAGCCCGCACCAUUCUUACAGUCUGAACUGGUUCCGAAUGACUUGUUAUAUAGUUUCUCUACUCCCAAGAUGUCUAACAAGUGCUGCAGGACCAGCAAAACCGGAAAACGUAAUCAAACAAAUGCAAUAGAUGGUGAAUUUCAGUCCCAGGAAAGAAAAACACAUGGUGAAUAUUGUGUGGGUAAUGGGUAUUGGUAAAAGUGGCAGUUAUAUGUUACAAAAGAGCAGGUAUCCAUCUAUACACUUGUCUUAACAAUGAGGCUAUCCCUGAAAAGUGAGUAUCUAUAAAUCUGGUAAACUUUGAGGCU